AUGGCGCCGAAGAAGAAGGGUAACAAGAAGGGCCAGGACGACUGGGAGGCUGAAUUGGGAGAAUCCAUCGCCCCGGCCAAUGAAGCGCCCGCGGCCAACGAGGAGAAUGGCGAGGACGAAGAGGCUGGUGGUGGCGGCCUGAUGGCCAUCAUGCGCAAGAACAAGGAGAAGCGCAAGAAGAAGGGCAUUGUGGACGAGGAGCCUGCCCCAGAACCAGCGGUGGAGGAGGACCUGUCCGCCAAAGCGCCCGUCGAAGCAUCUCUAGACGAUGACGAGUUCGCCCUACCGCAAAAGAAGGGCAAGGGUGGCAAGGGCAAGCCUGCCCCAACAGCGGCUAAGAAGGACGAUGACGACCUUGAAGAGCCUGGCAGGAUCCUCACCAAGGCUGAGAAGGAAAAGCUGAAGAAGGAACGCGAGAAGCAGCGUAAGAAGGAACAGGCUGCGAAGAAGAAGCCGACUACAGCCGCGAAAGCCCCGGAGCCCGCAAAGGCAGCUCCCGCCAAAGAGGAAGCCGCCCCUGAAGAGUCUGCCGCCCCUGCUCCUGCUGAGACAGGAGGCAAGAAGAAGAAGGUUCCGGCGCAUCUGGCUCUGAUUCAGAAGCAACAAGAGGAGCUUCGUCGUAGACAGGAGGAGAUUGCCCGCUUGGAUGCUGAAGCCAGGGCCAAGGCUGAAGAGCAAGAAAAGCAAUUGGCUGAAGAAGCCAAGCGUAAGGAAGAGCAGAAGGCCAUCAAGAAGCAGCGUGAGAAGGAGCGUAUUGAUCAGCUGAAGAAGGAGGGCAAGUUCCUCACCAAGGCACAGAAAGAAGAGAAAGCUCGAAAUGAGUUGAAGCUCCAGCAGAUGCUUGCAGCUGGAAUUAAGAUUGGACCUCAGGAGGAAGAGGGCGCACCUAAGAAGAAGGUGGUAUAUGAUAGCAAGAAGAAGAGAGGAAAGAACGAUAAGAAAGAUGAAGAGGCUGCUCUAGCUGAGGCUGCGGAACGAGCACGACUUCAGGCCGAGAAAGCCGCGAAAGAAGCAGAGGAGAAGGCGGCAAAGGAAAAGGCUGAUGCUGAGGCCAAAGCUCAGGCUGCAAAGGCGGCUCAAGAGAGCGACAUUGAAGAUGACUGGGAAGCCGCUGCAAAUAGUGGAGGAGAGGACGACGUCAAAGACAGCUGGGAUGCCGAUUCCGACGAAGAAGCCGAGAAGAAAUCAGCCGCCAAAAAGGACGAGGACGGUGAAGAAGAGGAGGAGGAUCAAAGCGACGAGAGCGACGAGAGCGAGUCUGAAGAUGAAGCCGUAUCAAAGGCCAAGCAAGCCGAGGCUCAGCGCAAGAAGGAAGCUGCGGAGCGGAGAGAAAAGGCCCACCAAGCCGCCUUGGCUGCUCGAUCCAAGGACGAUUUGCGCUCUCCCAUCUGCUGUAUUCUGGGACACGUCGAUACUGGAAAGACGAAGCUUCUUGACAAGAUCCGACAGACCAACGUUCAAGAGGGCGAAGCUGGAGGUAUUACCCAGCAGAUUGGUGCUACGUACUUCCCGGUUGAGGCCAUCAAAGCGAAGACGGCCGUCGUUAACAAGAACAAUGAGUUUGAGUUCAAGGUCCCCGGUCUCUUGGUCAUUGACACCCCUGGCCACGAGUCUUUCUCUAACCUCCGUUCCCGCGGUUCAUCAUUGUGUAACAUUGCUAUUCUGGUUGUGGAUAUUAUGCAUGGUCUUGAACCACAGACUCUGGAGUCAAUGCGCCUGCUUCGCGACAGAAAAACGCCAUUUAUCGUGGCUCUCAACAAGAUUGACAGACUUUACGGAUGGAAGAAGGUGGACAACAAUGGCUUCCAAGACAGUCUGGCGCUUCAGAGCAAGGCGGUUCAAAACGAAUUCAAGAACCGCUUGGAGGCCACUAAGCUGGCCUUUUCAGAGCAAGGUUUCAACUCCGAGCUCUUCUACCAGAACAAGUCUAUGGCUAAAUUCGUCUCGCUUGUACCCACAUCAGCACACACCGGAGAAGGUAUUCCGGAUAUGUUGAAACUUAUCCUCCAGCUCACCCAGGAGCGUAUGGUCGGCUCGCUCAUGUAUCUGUCCGAGGUCCAAGCAACAGUCCUGGAAGUCAAGGCUAUUGAGGGUUUUGGUAUGACUAUUGAUGUCAUCCUGUCCAACGGAAUCUUGAGAGAGGGUGAUCGAAUAGUCUUGUGUGGCACUGAAGGAGCGAUUGUGACAAAUAUCAGAGCUCUACUCACUCCGGCGCCGCUGCGCGAGCUACGUCUCAAGUCAGCGUACGUUCACAACAAGGAGGUCAAGGCUGCUUUGGGUGUCAAGAUCAGCGCCCCUGGUCUUGAAGGCGCCAUUGCAGGUUCGAGACUGAUGGUGGUUGGACCAGACGAUGAUGAAGAGGAUAUCUGCGACGAGGUCGAGUCGGAUCUGGCCAACCUUCUCAGCAGAGUCGAAACCUCUGGUCGUGGUGUCAGCGUGCAGGCUUCCACCCUUGGUUCACUGGAGGCUCUGCUCGAUUUCUUGAAAGACUGCAAGAUUCCCGUGGCCAAUGUUGGUAUCGGCCCAGUUUACAAGCGUGAUGUCAUGCAAUGUGGUGUUAUGCUGGAAAAAGCGCCCGACUAUGCUGUGAUGCUUUGUUUCGAUGUCAAGGUCGAUAAAGAAGCUAUGGCAUAUGCAGAAGACCAAGGUAUCAAGAUCUUCCAAGCUGACAUCAUCUAUCAUCUGUUUGAUAACUUUACCAAGCAUAUGGAUGAGAUGUUGGAGAAGAAGAAGGAAGAGUCUAAGAUGUUGGCUGUCUUCCCUUGUGUCUUAAAGCCAGUUGCUGUCUUCAACAAGACAGGCCCCAUCGUUAUUGGAGUUGACGUGACGGAAGGUCAGCUUAAAAUCAAUACGCCAAUUGCAGCUGUAAAGACCAACCCAGUGACCAACACCAAGGAGAUUAUUGGCCUUGGUAGAGUCACCUCGAUUGAGCGAGACCACAAGCAAAUCCCUGUCUGCAAAAAGGGCCAACCCUCUGUCGCCAUCAAGAUCGAGAUGGGAGGCCACCAGCCCAUAUACGGACGACACCUAGAAGAGGCCGAUCUGCUCUACAGCCAAAUAUCUCGAGCUAGUAUUGACACUCUGAAGGAGUUUUACCGCAAAGACGUGACCAACGAUGAAUGGCAGCUGAUUAUCAAGCUGAAGCCCCUGUUUGACAUUUGA